AUGUCAGCAGCAACUAUCCUCAUGAAGAGGCUACUGCUGAGUGUGAGAUGUGCCAUGCUAAUACCAGGUACAGACAAAGUGUGUCUUCUCACUGGCACAGCAAGGAAGUUCAUUAGGCUCCUGCAUCUCUGGAGCGACCGCAGCCCAUGUGAGGCCCAGGCCCUUUUAUUCCGGACCGUGAUUGGACAAGGGCCUCCUGCCGAGUUGGUUUACAGCAGUUUUGUCGCGCCCAGAUUUGACUCUGCUCAAAGUGAGCCUCUGGCGGGACACGGCAUCUGUUGCCUCACCUUCCUCAUUUACACUUCUCCGCCCUCACACACCGCCUCUCCAGACCUCACCAACUACAACUGA